CACGUCCUCGCCGAGCCAUGUCCUGCUACGACCUGUGCCUGCCCUCCUCCUGCGGUCCCCGGCCACUGGCCACCAGCUGCAACCAGCCCUGCCUCCGCCGCUGCGGGGACUCCACCGCCGUCAUCCAGCCGCCCACCGUCGUGGUCACCUUGCCCGGGCCCAUCCUCAGCUCCUACCCGCAGAACACCGCGGUGGGCUCCACGGCGUCGGCGGCGAUCGGGAGCUACCUGCGGUGCUGCGGGAUCCCCGUGUGCUCCGGCGGGGCCCGGGGGCUGGGGAAGGCGGGGUUGCUGUGCCUGGGCAGCGGGCUGUAG